AGCGCUGCGAUUUUCGGCUAGUAUUAUUGCACGCAAGCGCUCAUCCUGUCCGGUGCUCGACUGCACCUCAUUUUGUUUCAUCUCCCUUUGGUAGGACUGUGGAUAACUUUUCCCAGAGUGCCUCUCCCGUGUCCAAGCCCGAAGGCAUUGCCCCUUUUUAGGUUGCUUACGAAAUUCCAAUAAUUAAUUUCAAUUUCAUUGUUCACCCAAAUAUGGGUAACUGCCCGUCAGUAGUCGCCGUGAACACUCAUGAUGCAGUCCAGCCCCAAACGCGUGCUCACGGACGACAAAUACGCGUCGAGCAAGUUGCCGGACUCAAAUAUCUCUGAAAUGUUGAACCCUGAUCUCGCUGCACGACUUCGAAGUGUGGGCUCUCGAGUUCGGAAGCAUGUAACAGAAGGAUACGUCACCAAUCAGCGCAUGCACGUCUGUGGGCCCACAGCCCCAGCCAAGUCUCUGUCAACAGGCCACCUAACGUUUUCUUCCGCGAAUGACACACUGCGUGCCAUUUUCCCUUCUUUCCCCGCAGCUUCACCAGCCGCAUCGCCUAACAAACGGCGGCUGGAGGACUCGGACGAUGAAGAUCACGACACCGAUCACGGCCAGGAGACUCAGAUCGCAACAUUAAAGAUGGAUGCGGAUGCAAUGAACGUUGAUGACUCCGAGCGCCCCGUAAAGCCCUUGAAGAAGUCCGGAAGAGCGCUGAUGCAAACGCGGUCCUUGCCCUCCUGCGUACUUCAGCUUUCACAGGGAUCUGUUAGUACAGAGACAGAGGCUAAUAACGAGGUCAACGAGGAUGAUUGGAGCUCCUCCGCAAUGUUUUCCGGAUCUUUCGAACCAAUGGCGCUCUGACGGUAGCGUUCUUUACUUCCUUCGUGACCUCAAAUCAAUUAACUCGGUUGUCAAGUAGUGUUCUGUGAAGGGACAUCUGGCUCUACUUCGAUCGUAUUGCUGUAACCUGUUUUCGAAUCUAAACCCAUUCUCGAUUGUCCGGUUAGUGGAAUAAUCACAAUCGAGAUACACAGAAGCCUCGGUACAUUGCACACGGUUGUAUCCCUGAGGAUAAGGAAAUGUCCCUGUGUAUGUAAUUAAGUUUGCAAAGUUCUCGCUAGAAAACGUUCCUGAUAGACUCUUGACACUUUCAGCUGUGAACAAGACCAAACACCUCGUCCC